CCCGUAACACACUCACCAGUGGGUUACCAUGCGUCCUGCUGGUGGCUGCCAGCCUAGGGCCAGAUCCUGCCGGGGCAGUUACACACACAGCCUUGGCUUCCCCACAGCCAAGCCUCACCCUGGGUCCCUCUCCUCCAGUCCAAACAGGGAGCUGUCCCUCUGCUGAGCAGGCCCUGGCCUAUGCUGGAGUGGGGAUGGGACAGCCCAGACAUAGCUGCCUUGCACACAAAGCCCUCUCUCCCCCAGGACUAACCUGGUGCCUGGAUCUAUGCACAGCAGCUGCACUCAGAUUCUCCGCCAAUGUGAGCCGUGAGCCCAGGCUCGGGGUGGGGCUUGUGCAGAAUGAAAGCAGAGGCACUGGAGAGCGAAAGGGCGAACUAGGGAAGUAGCACGGGAGCUCCGGCAUUCAGUGGCUUCCUUCCCUGGGGGAGCCGGCUCAGCCAGACGAAGAAAAGUCCCCGGGCGAAACCCUGUCGAGUGGCUGCUGCUACCUGUGGGGAAUCCGUUCUUACUGAAAGACACCAGUGGGAAAGCUGCCAUCGGGAGCCAUUACUGGGCCAGAAAUGGGAGUGUCUAAGCUGUGAAUCCGCUCCACAGGCAAACCCAAAUACCCAGAGGAACUGGUCCUUAUGCACCCUGAAGCUCCUGCCUUCUCUUUGGGGCCUGAGACGUACUGUCUGGGUCCUGGAGGGUGUCUACAAGAUCCCAAAGCAUUCCAGAAAGGAAGGGCAGUAUCAUUAUCCCCAUUUUACAGACGGGUAAACUGAGGCACAGAGCAGCAAUGUGAUUUGCCCAGGGUCACCCAGCGGGCCAAUGGCAGAACUAGGAAUAAAACUCAGGUCUCCCCAAGUCUCAGCCCAGAGCUCUGGCCACUAGGCCACACUGCUGACAGAAACAAACCAACGAACUUUAAACAGUCUGGGUAAAAAUCCCUUCUGUUCCUGUCUCAGCAGACAUCACUUCCUUGGUACCCGUGAUGUCACAACCCCGCCAGCUCCCUUGUCACCUAGAAUGUCUUCCAGGGUGGACCAGGCCAGAAUUCCUAAUAGAAAAACCCUGUCUCACUCCAUCGAGGUCAUCCUCUCCAACCUUCCUGUGCCUCGGUUUCUCCCCUGCCCCCAUAGAGGAUAGUCCUGCUGGGAGGGUUCAUUCCCUAAUGCUCUAAGUGCUAUGGACUAUUACAGCCUGGCCCUGCAGCAAAUACCAGCAGGCAGGGAUGAGAGCAUAAUGCAAGGAGCCUUUCCUGCCCAGACCUUUCAAUAAUAUAUGAACAUUGUGUAACAUCAUCACACUCCCUUUUAUCAGUCUGGAGAACUACAGCUGUGAUGGAGGUAGAAUCAGGGAUCCUGGAGUGCAGGGAAGAGCCCCAGUUAGCCCCGCAGACCCCUUCGAAGCAUCCCUGUGUGUCCCCUAGCUAGGCCUGGCCCUCUAGGAGAGCGUGGUUUUGCUGAUGCAGGGAAUUCCUUGUGGGGCGGGUGGAGAGGGCUCUGCUCAGGCACUGCUGUCUGUAUAUCCACCCCUGGCCUGCCAGCCCUUUGUUUGUCACUAAACAAGAAGUUCAGGAGGUGUUUGUAAAAAGAUGCAUGUUUGAGACACCUGACUUGUUAGCUGAACCUGAAUUUCAGUUUCCCAGCCUCGUCUUUGUCCUGACUGUCUGCAUAUUCCUGGCCCCCACUGGAAGGGAAGUUACUUGGUCAGAGAACGGAGAGCAAGGUAGGUUUGAUACUCCUUCCUCUUGCAUGCAGACGUCCAGGUGCAAUGCCUAGGUUCCGUAACCAGAGGAUAGCCUGUGGAUCAAGGGAGGCCAGGAAUUGCAAACUGCCCUCCAGCUAUGGAACUGGGCAGGCUUCUACCACAUGAGUUAUGAUCUGCAACGCUGCCCCACAGUCCCUGCGUGGAGAGGAAACCAGGCCAGGGCAGAGGCAGCCUGUUGAGCCUGGCCCAGGAUCUGUGAUUAAGUGGACAAAGAGGCAGAUGCAGCAACUGCCUCCUGAAUUUACUUAGUACAUUAGACUCUUUCCCACCGCUGCGUCCUCUCUGUAAGAAUGUAGUUUUCAGCACCUUGUCAGUGUGUGGUAACCGGCCAUCUGCGUUCUUGUGCAGGAGUGCAUGAGCAAAGGGGCGUUGAGAGCUGUGGUGUCACACCUUGGUCCACAGGAGCAGGAUCCCUCCCCUGAAUACGAGCAGUGGGUUGUUUCCUGUCUGAAAACAGGGCACCAGUCAACCGGAGAUGUCAUUGGUUGGUUUCCUCCGGCAUGGCUCUCCAGGCAGGCUUAGCAGUAUUGGCAUCUUGUUAAGGGUCUCGAUUUUUCUCCAAUGACUAGCUGAACUUCAGGCCAAUGUUUGUGAAAUGGGGCAGCUAUUGUGGGCACCUGCUUUGAGACCCCUUGACCUGAUUUCCAGAGGUGUGGAGCACCCGCAGAUCAUGGACUAGUGGAGCAGUUACAGACGAUGUAGGCAGGGGACGUGCUUGGAGUUCUCUUUCAGGUCAUGCUGCGAGAACCUGAUGGGGCUCUCUUGCACUUAAGUCUUGCGCUGGGGUGCGCCCCCGCAUGGACAUUCAAGCCCAACAUUUUAUGAGGUCCGGGUGUCCUUUUGCAGUUUUUUUGCAGUACGUCAUCCUGCGAGCAACACAGGAUUUCAAUAACGUCACUAUAGGUCCCACCGGCCUCCAGCUCCAGAGAGAUCCCCUCUCAUCGCAGGAGUCCUGGGCUGGAGGUAGGAUUCCGAUGACUGAGUCAACUGUGUCUUAUAAACUUGCACCCCCAGAUCAGCACAAAAUAGUGGGAUGAGGGGAGGGAUAGUUCAGUGGUUUGAGCAUUGGCCUGCUAAACCCAGGGUUGUGAGCUCAAUCCUUGAGGAGGCCAUUUAGGUAUCUGGGGCAAAAAUCUGUCUGGGGAUUGGUCCUGCUUUGAGCAGGGGGUUAGACUAGAUGACUUCCAGAGGUCUCUUCCAACCCUGGUAUUCUAUGAUCAACACUCACCUCCCAUGCAUGUACACCAGUUUCCCAUCUCCCCUAUUGGAUAGAUCUGGAGAGCAUGAUUGAGGAUUAGUAGUAAUUCUCUGCCCUUAUUUUUCAGAACUGAACAUUCACAUCAGCAGAGGCUGGCACAGGGAAUCUUCUCCCUCUGAGAAGCCCCCAAAGAAUUGCCCUUUGUCAAAAUGGCAGCUCUCCCCCACUGCUCUCAACCGUAUUGCCUCCAGGCCAGGCCGUGAAUGGAGGACAAUGGCAGACAGUGGCCGUUUUGCCAAUGGGCAAUUUUUAGUGAGUUUCUCUGAAGACAUCCCAUCUUGAUUUAAGAAAUUGUCAAUGAUGGGGAAUCCACCUGGUAAAUUGUUCCCAUGGUUAAUUGCUGUCAUGGUUAACAAUUUACGCCUUUUCUCCAGUCUGAAAUCCUACAUAUUUCUUUUCAAAAGCUACUCUUUGCACCGGAUCGGGUCCAGAUUCAUCUCCCUGCCAAUUUUUGCCUAGAUGACAAUGGCUAAACUGAGAUCAAAAAGGACCAAAAAAAAAAAAAAAACCCAACAAAAACCUGAUGCCAAAUGCUAACUUUCUAAAGGCCCAAUUUUAAAUCCAUUUUCACUCCUAAACUAAUAGAUUGAUUUGUAAAUUCUUGCAGAAUUCGGCCUCCGCUUGGAGUGAGGGCUGUAAUUUAGAGGGGAUAGGCUGUGUUCUCUAGACAUAAUGAACAAGUUGAAUCCUUGCUUUAAGAACACAAUUCGGUCAGCUUUAACUAUGGAUCCAUGACUGGCGCCUCCAGAACUCUUUAGAUAGGUGUAAUAGCAUGCCUGGCCCCUUUAAGGGGAGACGGGCCCAGCCCACCUGUGACUAAUCCUCACAGGCUGUGGGGCCAGGGCAUCAGGUGAUAGCUUGAAAAGCACCUGGUCUUUAUAAAGGCCAGCAAGAGCUCAGUUGAGAAUGGCUGGGAGCCUGAUGCUUGCAGGAAUUGCUGUGGUUAGGGAAAGAACCCAGCUGUCAGGUGACUCCCUGGUACACAGGUUGGGGGUGAGAGCUGCAGGAAGUAGAAAGGUUCCUAUGGGAGUCCCUGGCUCUGUGCACUGGGUGAGGGAAGAGCUUGUAGGAGCUGGUGCCGGGCAGAGGCAGUACCUUAUUUGGGGAUUUUGCCUAAGUUCCUGGUUAAUCAAUAAAUGAUGCCUUGAGGGACGGGCCUGAAACAGGCUCUGGUGUGGUAUCCGUCCUUCCUGGGCUGGCGAGGUAGCCCACUGCAGGCAGAGGUGUGACUGUGGCAUGGGUCGCGAUACUGGAGCAAGUGAGCUAGCCCAAGCUGUCGGGGCUUCACAGCUAUUGCUUUCAAGCUAGCCAGACCCAAGCUAGCUAGGGGAUGUCUAUAGAAGCCGCAGUUGCCCCUCUGGCUGUGGGAUAGCCAUCCCUACAGAGGCUAUCGAAAAGAAAGGGGGGGCUAUUCCUGUACCAGGCACAGGGAGGAGUGCGCUUAAAACAAAUAGAAUGAUGCUGCAGUGAGACCACUUGCCCACGUCUCAUGCUGGUGGUACCCAAGGCCCGUGGAGGCAGUUUCCUUCAUCCCAUCGCACAUGUCUCCGCCUCGGUAGCAGCCAGCAGGUAUUCGAAAGGGCAGGGUGAAGGGCUGUAAUGUGUUUCGAGGGCAUCUGCAUCAUUGGCUGAACAAUUCCGUAACAUUUACAAUAAGUGACUUAGCAAGUGUUGAUUGCGGGCCCUGCCCAUCCUCCCAAGGUAAAAGGGUCCUAGAGAGGACUAAUAAACCCUCCUGCUACCCACUAGCACCUGACCGGGGUCAGGGCGAAACUUCUGUGGGCAGGUUUGUCCGUAAUUGCUCAUUAGGGGAUUUCUUGCACCUUCCUCUGGAGCAGCUGGUGCCAGGAGCCUGGGCUGGCUGGAUUCAUGUGCUGAGCAGUUUGGGGUUCCUAUUUACUGAUGACCAUCAAGUGCUGUGAGCAAGACCCUGCCAUUCAUAUCCUUUAACACCUGAAGACUGGGUCUAGGGUCCAGUGCCUGGUGCGUCCACGUGCUCGUACCUGGGCUGGGAUUCUAAGUGGUCGGAGAGGAGUUGAGACACGUCUGACGUUGUGCAGCUGCUUCUCCUCGCCCCGAAUCUGCCCUUGCUUUUCAUGCCAGAUUCCUGCUGCAGGUAGCAGGCUGCGCCUGAGGGUGCUGCACAGCUGGGUGCUGGUAGCACAAGUCGCACCCCCGGCUCUCAAAUGUCCAGGUAUCACUUGAGAAGAGAGCCAAGGUACUACAACAGCCAAAUCAUCAAAGGCUUUACAGUGCAAAACAAAUAUUGUGUAUUGCACCUGGGAAGCCAGGAGGUCAGAGCCACCCUAGGGUGUGCUCCUUUCACCUGCAUCGACAGGCAUGUUCUGCAGUAGCUGAUGUUUCCUCGUGAACUUCGGGUGCAGCCCCCUGGACUAGUAGCUUUAUUUUUCUGGCAGGACCCAUGAGCUGCUGUGCACCGUACAAAUGGAUCUGUGCCUGCAGAUCUUCCAGCGCUCAGUGCAAUGAGCGGAUCUGGAGGUUGCACCGCCCCAGAGCUCUGCAGUGUACUGGGUUUUGUGGGACAUCUCACAAUUGGAAUUGGGGGGGGAGUGGGGAGGGGAGAAGCACCUCUCCCUUCAAAUAUGCUAUAGACCAGUGGGGGUGCACCCACCUGUCCUGAGUGCUGUUUAUAUGCUCAGGUGCUUUGCAGCCCUCCUCCCCCAGCCCUAGAAGGCAGCCAAGUAUUAGCCUGUCCAUUUGACAAAUAAGUCAAAGGAGCUCAUGUCGUGUGACAUAACUUAGUGUGGCAGAUCCCAAGUUUAUUCAGUCAGGGGCCGCUCCCUGGCUAGGAGUUCAGUCUGUUUGUGGCGGUUUCUUCCUGGCCCCUGCAGGGCCAGCAAACACCCUCAGCUCCCCGCCGGGCCCCUCACCCUUACGGGUGUCCUGUGCCAGACCCUUGUCAUGGAAGCUGGUGAGAGCCGCUUGGGACCCUGGCUCUCCGCGCUGUGAGAGCCGAGGCGCUGGCUGGCUGCCCGGCAGCCCUCCCUGCCCUGCUCCCUGAGCAGGCCGCCUCUGCAUGGCCAGGUGCUCCCCAGGCGAGGCGGGCAGCGCUGCUCCGAACGGUGUCCCUCAUGCACUUUUUCCUCUCCCCCGAAGGAGCCCGGUCGAAACUGGCAACGCCCCCAGGCACCAGCCCCUGCCCGCGGAGCCCGGCUGCCAUGAGAUGCUUCCCAAAGCGCUUGCUCGCCACUGCCCUGACGCUCCUGGCUCUGCUCCUGCUCCUCAGCCUCUGCCUGCAGCGCCCGGAGGACCCACUGGUGGAGGAGGUGAAGCGCUGGGUCCAGGAAAUGGUGCUGCAGCAACUCCAACCCGAUGGGAACCUGCGCAGCUUUCAGGAGCUGUGGAACGCUUCUGCCUCCAGGAACGUCUCCUAUCGCUACCUUGCCGGCCACGCCCCCUCUAGGAAGAAGUUCCUCACUGUGGGGCUGUCGUCUAUCAAGCGGAAGCGAGGCAACUAUCUCCUGGACACACUGAAGUCCAUCUUCAAGCAGUCAACCCAGGAGGAGCUGGAGGAGAUGGUGGUGGUGGUGCACCUGGCUGACCCGGACUCAGAGUGGAACACCCAGGUGGUGACGGACAUUACCGCAAGAUUCACUCCCCACCUCCUCCGGGGCCAGCUGCUGGUUAUCCAUGCCCCUCCGGAGUGCUACCCGCCCCUGGAAGGCCUGAAGAGGAACUACAAUGAUGCCGAGAAUCGAGUGCAGUUCAGAUCCAAGCAGAACGUGGACUAUGCGUAUCUCCUCAGCUUCGCUGCCAACCUUUCCUCCUACUACCUCAUGAUUGAGGACGACGUGCAGUGCUCCAAGUCCUUCUUCACUGCCAUCAGGAAGGCAGUGGCAUCCCGGGAAGGCUCCUACUGGGUCACGCUGGAGUUCUCCAAGCUGGGCUACAUUGGCAAACUCUACCACUCCAGCGACCUGCCCCAGUUGUCCCAGUUCCUGCUGCUGUUCUACCAGGAAAUGCCGUGUGACUGGCUGCUGGGGCACUUCCGCCUGCUGCUCACCCAGAAGGAGGUGAUUCGCUUCAAGCCGUCCCUCUUCCAGCACAUCGGCCUGUACUCCUCCUUCCAGGGGGCGGUCAAUCGGCUGAAAGACAACGACUUCGAGGCAGAUUCCUUGGACCUGCCUGACAACCCCCCAGCUGUGAUGUUCACAGAUAUAGACAUCUUUGAGAACUACCUGCCAAGCAAGGCCUACGGCACGAUGCCGGAGUACUUCUGGGGGAAAGCCCCAUCUGCCGGCAGCCACUUCACCAUCGUGUUCCACCAGCCUGCCCGUAUCUCACGGCUCCAGAUCCACACCGGCUCCGAGGAGCGCCACACCGACUAUCUCCACUCAGGGGCCGUGGAGCUGGGCAGCCAGCGGCAGGGGAAAGGCAAGGGCUGCUCUACAUACACCCACGUCGGAGUCUUUGAGAAGGGACACUUUGAACGGAGCGGCUUGGAGAACAGCACGGCUGCCGCCCCGGAGUGCGUGCGGAUCCUAGUGACAGAGAGUCAGAGCGAAUGGCUGAUCAUCCGCAGCAUCAGCAUCUGGACCAAACCAAACAGCUAAGGGGGGUGCAGGGGACAGAGGCAUGGCUGGUGACCCACACACCAGGGAGCUGGCCUCCCUUCUCAGGGGCAAGCAAGCGGUUUGGGGGUGUCUGAGGGGCAAUGGAGGGUGGUGGCACUGCCCCUCCCAGGCAAUGGCACCCUGCAGGGGAGGCACAGUGAGGGCCUAGUGGGGAAGGAAGAUGGGGCACUGAGGGUCAAGGCAGUGGCAUAGCAGGAUCCUGGUAGCAUGGCAGGAUGAUGCAUUAGGGCAAGAAAUGGGAGCUAAUGCAGCACAUUGAUACUCUGGCCUUUCAGGGCGCCCUAUGUCCUUGGGCACUAAUUGCCGUGGAUAGGAGAGCCUGGCCCCACAGAGCUGACUGACUCCUCUGAACUACUUCCUCUGGGGGCCGUGCAGUCAGAACCACGCCCAGGUAAGGCGUCCCGCUGGGCCAGACCCCAGGAGCGAGACCUGGAAUGGUGCUUGCAGCAGACCGCUGGGGCUCUGGAGAGGUCAGGAGAGCCAGCAGUGCCCAGCUCGGGGCAGGUUCAGAGCAUUGUCCACUGGGGAACUCUAGCCCAGAUGUGGGCAAAACCAAUCCCCCAGCAUGUGAGGCUGCUCCCAGGGCAGAGGCAGCCACGGGGGAAACCUUGCCUCAGGAUCCUACUGCUCACAGUCGACCUGCUCUACCCCAACAGUUUAAACUGGCCGUCCAACCUCUCCAGCCUGACGGCUAAAAUGCUGUACCCCGAAUGCCAGGGGGCUACAUUCCCAGUGGGAGAGGCAGGUUAUUAUUCACAUUCAUUACAGCAGUGCCUAGGAACCAACCAAAAUCAGGGCCUGGUUGUGGUAGGUGCUGCACAAACACAGAGUGGCAGACAAUCCCUGCCCUCAAGCGCUUACAAUCUAACUAGACAAGACAGGUCACGUUUUUAAACUUUUCUCCACCACCGAGAGGGUGAAAAGAACCCUUCAUAUUUGUUUGAAGUGCAAGCUGAGAUUCUCUUGUAUUCACCUGACUUCAGGCCUUCUGAGGAGUAUCAAAUAUCAUGACACAAUAAAAUUGUGGGAAUUGGCAACAUUGGGUAUCCCCAGGACACACCCAUCAUUGCCAGUCCUAAGCGCACACAGCUGGCUCUCUGGGCCUUGGCUUCUAGAGGCCAGCCUGCACUUCUGGCCCGCUCCUCCACUCCUUGCCUACAAGCUAAAUAAGCCUGGCAACCCAAACCCCCAGCCAGCUCUCAGAGGGCAUGUCUACACUGCAAUGUAAGGCAUGGGUUAGUGGGACUUGAGUCCGUGGACCCUGCGUUUGGGAGUGUCCAUGCCCUAGGUUUACAAUUUCAGGACACAGGCCCCAAAGCCGGGGCUCCAGCAUACACACUGCAGUACUCAAACCGGAGUCAAACCACCUAUCGCAGGCUUCCUAGUGCCCUCCCCAGCUGUGGCCACUCUAGCUCCUGGUUCAGUGUGGGAAAACAUGACUGUUCGCCCUGCACAUGGCAGGAAGCUGUUACGGCCCAUUGGGUUCCCAACGCAUCCUGCCAAGCCGUCUUUUGGGUCUGCACGCUCCUGGCAACCAGAGCCAGCAACAGGGAGGAGUCCCCGUUUGAAGAGCUUCUCUUGCUUGUGCUUUCACUCCUGUUUCAGCAAACAGGUAGAGCAUGCCUGAGACGUUGGUGGGCAGGGGCGUGUGCAGGAAUUUCAAUUUGACCACUUUUGGAGGGGCAAGUUAAACACAUACAUAUUAUACACAUGAAACCAUAUUAACACACGCACCUACAUCAUCUGCAUAGAAAUAAACAGUGGCACACUCACCAUUUCGACGGAAAUCCAUGCACCGGGGAGCCAUCUGGAUAAAGGUAUCCACAGCCUCUUCUGUGUUAAUGCUGUUGGUUAUGUCAGUCUCUACUGCAAGAAUUAACAGUUGCUGAAGACGAGCUUCUGUCACGUGGCUGCAAAGUCUACUAAGUUUACACUUUUUAGCAUUAAAACAUUUUUCUGCAGUUGCAACUGUAACAGGUAAUGUUGCCAAAAGCACCAAUAGGUCAAGUCCAUCAGGAUACAAAAGUUCCAGGUCAUGCUCUUUACAGACCUUCAUGAGUUCCAGAAAAGAUAUUCCACUGUCUGGUCCCUGAGCAUUUAAAAUAGGUUCAAUGUGGUGUACUAAUAAAUCAUAUUGCAUUUCA